AUGUGCCAUGAAGCUACAAGCCUAGCAGAGGCAAAACGUUCUUCUGAGCUACGGUUUCACCUUGCAAAAUUUACGUGGUAUUUAAUCAAUAUUGAUGACCUUGGCCACAAGUACCCUUCAAGUUUGGAGAGCUUCCAAAAACGUAUACUUCAAAAGGAGGACCCUAAUGGCAGUAUCCUCGAAUCCUUCCAUGAUGCAAUGAACGGCUUUUAUCGCUUCUGGGACCCAAUUCCUGCUAAUUGCAUGUCUCAAGCUGCAAUGGAUUUCAUCAAUGGCUGCCUCCUAGAACAAAUGUCAACCAUCCGCGAAAUGAAGCUUUCACGCAAUGCAUUAUCAUGGCCAUACAACCUGCGACGAAAGACGGGCGCUUCUGCCGUCUAUGCAUUUGCAAUUUUCCCCACGGUUCUCCGGAUUGAUCUAUCGAUCUAUAUACAAGUGGUAGACGAUAUCAUUUUGUUUAUAGAUCUUGUAAAUGAUGUACUUUCGUUUUAUAAAGAGUAUCUUUCUGGAGAGAAACACAACUAUGUAUAUAAUCGUGCCAAUGUAGAGCAAAGAAGUAUACCUGAUACCCUACGAGCAACAUUGGACGAUGCACUAGCGGCACAUGGACGUAUCACAAGAGGUUUGGAGGAUACAGAAGCUUAUCUUCCUUGGAAAGAAUUUGUAAACGGAUAUAUGGCCUUUCAUGUUACAUUGAAGCGCUAUCGCUUGCAUGAUCUUAAUCUCGGGGUUUUACAAGAAAUUCCUACAAACGUAUAA